GGAUCAGAAGAGGCCAAAGCAUUUGUAAAUGCCUUCCUAAAGAGCAGUAUGCCAAAAAUGAAAAAUGACGCUAUCCAGGACAUACUAACUCGGAAAGCUGUAGUUCUUGAGCAUCAUUCAAAAAAAAAGACAAAGCAAAAGAGGAAGAAAACAAAAGGUUUUACUGCCAAGCAAAGGCGAGAAAUGCGUCUUUUUGAAAUUGAACCUGAACAGCAAAGAUACACAAUCUUUCUACCGCUACAUGAACUCUGGAAACAGUAUAUCAGAGACUUAUGUCACGGACUUAAACCAGAUGUGCAACCACAUAUGGUUCAGGGCAAACUGCUAAAAGCUGAUCUCCAUGGAGCUAUUGUUACAGUCACAAAAUCAAAGUGUCCCUCUUACGUUGGGAUAACAGGAAUCAUUCUACAGGAAUUUAAACAUGUCUUCAAAAUUAUCACUAAAGAGGACAAGUUAAAAGUUGUUCCCAAACUUAACAAUGUAUUUAGCUUGGAGAUUGAUGGAUUUGUUUCCUACAUCUAUGGAAGCAAGUUCCAGCUUAGAGCAAGUGAGCGAUCUGCAAAAAAGUUCAAGUUGAAAGGAACUAUUGAUCUGUGA